AUGCGCGCAAGCAUGGCGUCAACGAAUGACACGAAGAAACUGUCAAGCGCAAAACAGGAGAAGGCCAUUAUGCACGACUUCGAAAUGCAUGUCAAAGAGAUUCGUGCCCAGUUAAACGAACAGAUUCGAUGUAUAGGCGAGCGGACAGAGACGCAGAUAGCGGUUCUUCAGGAAGUGGACGAUUUCUUUCGAAAGCGUGGCGAGGCCGAAGCAGAGUAUUCGCGACAGUUGGAAAAACUAGCAAAAGGCAUUAUGCAACGUCAUAAAGCUGAAAAGAACAGACGUGAUAGUUGGACGCAACAUGCAGCAUGCUCUGCUUGGCAACAACUGGUCGACGAUACUAAAAGCGAGGCUCAACAAAGACAGGCACUCGCCGAAUUGUACAGUAAACAUAUCACAGCGAGUAUAAGCUCAAGAUGUGAGGAUUUGGGCAAGAUCAGCAAAAGGUGCCGGGAAAUUGGUGCACUUUCCCACAGCGAAAUUAAUCGGGUUCUUACAGAAUUGCACACGGCAAUGAAGACUUACCAGCUCUGCUAUUCCGAAAUGGCUGCCGUGGAAAGGAAACUAAGAAUAGCUGAAGAGGAGAAACGACGAUACGAAGAAGCGAAUCCGGGAAAGGCAGAAGGAACUCGGAAAUAUCGUAAUUUAUGCAAAUACUUGAAAAAGAGAGAAGAUAAAUAUGAAGCGGUGCAUUCGAAAUGUACAAAAGCGAGAAACGAGUAUCUCAUGUGUGUACGAGCAGCAAAUGCAGCACUUCACAGGUUCUUCGCUGAAGAUCUCAGUUAUCUUAUUGACUGCACAGAUCUAGGCAUGGAUUAUUGGACGAGAGCACUAUUAGGACAAGUAGUUGAAGUUCGAAAACGCCUUACACAACGAGAAAUGGACAGUUUGGCUGAGCUUGGAACACUAAGAUCGGCAAUCGAUGCGAAAGCGGACAAACAACGCUUUUUCGAAGCUCAUCAUGCUACAUUCAUGUUACCGAAACAAUUCGAAUUCAGGCCGCAACUGGGUGACUGCAUAUGUACCGUAUCUGCUGAAAAAGGGAUUGCUGGUGAAUUAGCGCAACGACAGAAACAGAUCGAGAAACGUCUCGAGGGAUUGCGAUUUGAGAGCGAUGAGGUCUGGAAAAGCCUGGAAGCGUCCGACCGCCAACUUCUCCAAAUGUAUAAUAGCGACUUCAGAGAGAAGGAAGAGCCAGGCAAAUGGCGUCAGGAUAUUGUGGUUACUUAUCAGUAUUACCUCAAGAAAUUUGAAUAUUUCUUACUAAAUGGUAAUCUUAUUGAACGAUUGGAAGCAAGAAGUAAAGCGAUCACUGAAGCAUUGUCGAGAGCUUCAGGAGCUUCAGCAAAUAACAGCCUGAUAAUGGGAACGGAGGAAAGAACUCGGCGACGACCGAAAAGAAUAGGCGUCGCCGGCACGGAUGAUUCGAAACCGCGUCCAAAAUUGUUCGGAGGAAGCCUUGAUGAAUAUGUGGAGGCAACCGGUGAACCUAUUCCGUUGGUUGUCGUAUCGGCAAUCGGAUACUUGUCCAGAUACUCUUUGAGGAAUCAAGGCCUAUUCCGAGUUAGCGGCUCACAAUCGGAAAUCAAUAGGUUCAAGGAGGCGUAUGAGAGGGGAGAUGAUGCAUUCGCUGAUCUAACAGAUGGUAGUGAGUCGAACUCAGUAGCUGGAGUACUAAAGUUGUACCUAAGAGAGCUACGCGAACCGUUGUUCCCAAUAUUUCUUUUCGAUCAAUUCACAGAUUGUGCUAAAGCAGAUUCUACACAGGAAUUUGUGAGAAAGGCUCGAGAAUUGAUUGAGAAGUUACCAGUUUCGCAUAUUCUUUUGCUACGUUUCCUCUUUGCUUUCCUAUCACAUCUAUGUGAAUUCGCUGACGAAAAUAUGAUGGAACCGCAUAAUAUGGCUAUAUGUUUUGGCCCAACAUUAUUACCGAUUCCGGAAGGCAAAGAUCAGGUUUUCUAUCACAAUUUUGUAAACGAACUAGUGAGGAAUCUGAUUUUGAACGUCAAUGAUGUGUUCCCACAUGAUCUUCCUGGUCCGGCGUAUGAUAAAUAUGCGGCUGUAGCAGACGAUGUGGAUCACAUGGGUUACAUGGACGAUGUUGAUGGCAUCUCUGACGAUGAGGAUUGUCUCCGAAAUGGUAUAGGCGGUGGAAUGUCAGCCGACUCUGCACUCGUCGAAUCCACUUACGAUAUGUCAACAUCCACGGAUAUAGUGAAAGACACUACCUCAUCAACGAUCCAAAGAGCACCGACACCUGAAGAAACAAUGAGCCAACCGCCAAGUGUGUCCUCAAGGUCAUCAAAUCGAUCGAAUCUGAAUCUGGAGGCGUACUUGAGGCGAAUGUCCGAAGAUGUUUCGCCAGCGCUGAGAACUGAAAUGCCACAUUUGAUCGCAAAUGAAGCUGCGGCGAAGUUUGCUGCGAGAGAACGAGCGGCAACUGCGCCUAAAUUAAACUCUAGGCAAACCCCGAUUUGGGAACAAGAACGACCGUCCUCACAUGGUUCCCAUUCCUCAACAGGUCAUUCGUAUGCAUCCUACUCAUCUCAACAAUCCACGUCCAGCGUUCAAUCGCAAACAGUGAACACUUCGACAAGUACGGUACAUGGAAGUAACAAUACAGUUACUGGCGUACGAUUGCCUACGAUGACCUCGUUACGGGACCAACUUCAUCAUUUCCGAAAAGAACUGAAUAGUGGAAGAGAGGACACAUCGAGGGUGUACCCGAUGUCUGAGGGAUUAUCGGGAUUUCCACGACGAGUGGGCCAACACAGUGAUGGUACGGUGCUUGAUGCACGAGGAGGUAGCGAGGCGCCUAGACAACUGGACAGGUGCUUAAAUGAUGUCCGAUCGGGAAUUGGUGAACGAGGCAGUGAGCCAGCGUUGAUGAAGACUGAUCAACCAGAUGUGGUCGCAUCCGCUCGACAUUCCGUACGAGCACAAAGUGAGCUGCACAAAUUACGCGAUCGUGAGAACUCGUCACCACCAUUGGAAGAACUGGCAGCAGCAGCGUUAAAAGCAGAAAAAUCGGGAGGUUCACAGAAAAAGGGAAUACACGGAAAGGAGUUUCAAGGUCCUAUGAUGUGUUCUGUUCUUCGGCUGGGAGUAGCCGGUGCUACUGGAAUAUUGAAACAAACGUCAUGUUCUGCAACACAAGCAUAUUCGAACACGAUACAGAAACGUCCUACAGGACCUCCCGUAGAACCAAUGGUGGCAGCAUGUUGUGGACAAGGUUGUGUGAACUGUGUAUGGUUGGAGUAUGCGAAUGAUCUUAUUGACUAUUACAGUGGUCAACGAAUCGAAGAAACAAUAAAAGAGCUUGAGAAGAAAGUACCGGACGCGAACGUCCGAGCCUACGUGUUAAGCGAACUUCGCCUGAAAAUGAGAAGAUUUCACUAA